AUGUACAACAAAUUGUGUGGUGUUCACCCAAAAGUUCCCUGGAGAAGGAAAAUGUGCAACAAUUCUGCAACUCCUAAAAGCCUGUUCAUUCUGUGGGUUGCUAUCUGGAAGAGAUUACCUACUCUUGACAGAUUGAUGAAAUGGGGAGUUGUUACUGCUGAUGGUUGUCCUAUCUGCAGUACUUGCACUGAAUCUGCAGAUCACUUGUUCUUUGCCUGUACUUUCUCCUGUAGAGUUUGGCAGAAAGUUUUGGAUUUGCUGCAGUUCAAGAGAAGACCUGAGCCCUUUGUUAAUGAGUUGCAGUGGGUGAUUAAGAGUUGUAAAAGGAGUGGCAGUAGACACAAGCUUCUGGGAAUGUUCUUUGCUGAAAGUGUAUACUCCAUUUGGUUGAAUAGGAAUGAUGUUGUCUAA